GAUUCAGUUGUACUCAGUGUUUGCUUCAUUUUAAUGGCUUACUACAAGGAUAAUUUUGUAUUGGUUGCUAAUGGUAAUACUGGUGAUGGGGAUAAUCCAUUUGGUAAGAUAUUUCGACUGGAUAUUGUGAGUCUCAAGAGUAAAGGUGUUCGUAGUCAAAAUUUGGCUAGUGAUAAAGAUUCUUAUCUUUGUUUUAACCUUACUGGUGGAGUCUUUGAUCGUGGGAGAUAUAUUGAACUUAUGAAAAGAGAUUCUUAUUUUAAUGGUGAUUAUAAAUUCUAUGUUGUUGCAAUUAAUUUGUAUGAGCCUGUUCUAAAAGAUAAGUACCAGUUAGCUUUGUUUCUUGCCAAUUUGAUUGGGAUUAUACUUACCAAGGAGGGUGGAAUCGGUGACACUUGCAAGAGGUUGGCUCAAAAUCUACAACAAGGUGCGGUUCUCUAUACCAUUUUGCCACUUCCAAUACCAAAUGGAAGUCAUUAUUGGAAAGUUCAGGAACUAUUUUAUGCACUGCAUCAUACUGGAAGAUGGAGUUGGAGUGGUGACAUAGGUUCACUAAUCUUGCAUCUGAGAUGUGGUUUACUUAAUUUCUGGGUCACUCAUUCUGUACUACAUAGGAGCGGAAAGGUGCCAAGACUUCUCGACAAAAUGAAUGUUCAUGUAGCUGGGAGUUUGAGAAGAGUUGUGGCUAGGAAAACCCCCUUGAAGGAGCUUCGUUAUCUCCAGAGGUUUCUUCUUUCAAUCCUCACAGUGGAGAAAGGUCAUAUUUCUUUUUCAGAAAUCUUACACGUUUUAUUGCAUACUGAAGUCUACGGCAGUCUUUCACUUCGUGAGAGAGCUAUAAUGACCGUGGGUUAUUCCAUUUGGAGUUGUUUCUACUCAUUUUACUGUGCUCAGCAUCUGGAUUCGGGUUGCGAACAACGAAUGAAUAUAUAUAAAUGCGCUUGCAGUCAACAUUCCCAACUGUGUUACACGUAUACGUGGGGAAUUGUAUGUCAACCCGAGGAGAAUAAUAUCUGUCUUGAUUGUGUAUGGGCAAGAACGGUGGGAACUCAGUACAUACUCACUAUGCUGCAUAUUCUGUGGAGGGAGUUUACAUUUCUUGCAGUGUUUAAAUUCUCAAGAAUUGUGUUUUUCUUAUACUUCUAUUUUCUCCUAGCCGAAGCCUGCGAGAGUUUCUCAAUAGCAGUUUGGUAUUCCAUCCUCAUCGGUGUACAUGAAUGUGUUUCUAGAAAGGUAAGAAGUGUUGCUUUGAGCUGCGAUGCGGAAGGAACUUUUAGGAGCAAUGUGUUUUUCAAGGAUGAGGUCAGUAAUCCACUUGCAUCCACCUUCAUGGGAUUACCAAGUCGGCACUUAGCUGCUGCAAGUGAACUUUUCAGUAUGGGAAAUGAUACUGUUAUUUUGGGUGGUGGUUAUUGGUUGUUUGAUAGAGGAAAAUGGUCUGCCUCCAUAUUAUGGCUUUCUCAUUCUAAAAGCUGGAGCUGUCCAAGUACUUCAAAAGACUUCGAUAAAACUAUUAAGGCUCAUGUUCAACAAAGAGGUACUAAGGGUGCAACAGAUGUUGAGGCUUAGCUCAAGGGAGUGUUUAUAUGUAAUUCCGGUCAGGUUGAGACCUUUAAUGGCAAAACAACAAGACAAGUGACGGACAAGAUACAUCUUACCCUUGUUUACGAGGUCAACUCUGACGAUGCGGAAAGUGUUUUCUUGUGUGCCUAUUUACAGUUGGAAGCUAAGGUGCCUAUUUACUAUUGAAAGACGAGCACAAGGGAGAUCAGUCCACUCGUUGCUAUUGAGGAAAGAAUUAUGACAAGUUAUGAGCAUUGCAGGCUGCAGAACAGGGGUAAAUGUAGUGCUGGGAUGCAAAUGACAACGAAUGGAGCUGCAAUUAAUGUCAGGUCAAUUAGCAAGAGGAAAACAUUAUGUGCUCAGCAAAUUAUCGCCCUCUUCGUGAGAUUUUUUGGUGCUGUAGCAGUCCAUAAGUACAGUGGGGGGACCAAGAAGGAUAUCAAUCUAAAAUUGAAAGCUUUGUACGUGGGAGAUUGUAUGACAAGAGUGCAACUAAAUGGUUGGUUCAUUAAGGAUGCGGGAGUUUUCUUUGUUGGAUCAUUGCAGAAAGUAAAGGGGAAACGCCAAGUAUCGCAGCAUCAACAUCGUUUCUCUCGCGUCUAGCCUUGCAAGCGGUUUCGCUAAUAGUCUAUGAUAGUGGCGCAUAUCAUGUCCUGUGCAUCCACGUUGCGACUCCACUCAUGAUCCUUGAGGACAAGGAUAUUCUGAAGGAGGGGGAAUGUCAUGUACCUACUGUGGAAGAAGAGGUGGCGCAUAUCAUGUCCUGUGUUGGUUCUUAGUAAAUAUAGUUAGAGAGUAAAUUAGCUUAAUGGGAUUAGUUGUUAGUUAAUGAGAUUGUAAUAGACGUUCUAGAUGUGACCACCUGGAGGGUGUUUAGCUGUUAGAUCUAGGGUAGCUUUUUGAGUGAAGCUUUAUAAACCCAAGAGUCUGUAAGAGAGAUUUUAUCUAAGAUUAAUGAAAACAAAUCAGAUCGUUUCAAUCGAUCAAA